AUGCGAGACAUUUUAAAUAUAAUUCCGUAUAAUAAUCGCUAUACAAAGUCAUAUUUAUUUCUUGCCAAACUCAUAUCUGAUGAUUACCAUAUCAUAGAUGUCAACCGUGUUGAAUUUAUUUCAAACUUCCUUUUUUAUAAAGAAUAUGGAAUUAAAUUAGACAAAUCUAAGAAUGUCGAAAUUUUUAAAACAGAAAAUCUCGAUAUUCAUUCAGAAGAUACAAUUUACAGAGCAAUUAUGUAUAAUGACAAAGAAAAAUUCAUCAUAUUAACUGAAAGAGAAGAAUUUGAUAAAGAUCAAAAACUUAAAAGUGAUUUAUAUCCAGACUCUUACGAAGGAUAUUCAUUAUUUGAAUUAUGUUGUUAUCAUGGAGCAGUUGAUUGUUUCAAGCUAUUAAGAACGAAAUUUAAGUCAGAAAUAACUGAUACAUGUUUACAAAUUUCAUUUUUAGGACGAAAUCAAGAGAUCAUGAGCGAAUGUUUAAAAUAUCAAACACCAGAUAUCUGUACAAUGGAAUAUGCGAUUGUUUCGCACAACGUUGAUUUUGUUACAUUCUUGAUGAAUGAAUACAAUAUCAAGAUCGAUUUAGAAUCCAUUGGAUUUUACAAUAAUCUUGAAAUCUUUUUGGUUUAUUUCGAUCAAACUAAUGAUAUAAACAAUUGUUUUGUUUAUUCACCGAUUUUUAAUAUUCCAUCCCUUUUGGAAUACUUCCUUUCACAUGGUGCGAAUAUCAAUGGAAAAAUUCAAAAUGGAAAAACCGCUCUACAUAUUGCGACAUAUUAUAAUAGUAAAGAAAUUGCAGAAGUUCUUAUUUCACAUGGUGCAAAUAUCAAUGAAAAAGAUGCAUAUAACAGAACCGCACUCCAUAUGGCAGCUCUGUUCAAUUGUAAGGAAACAGCUGAACUUCUUAUUUCACAUGGUGCAAAUGUCAAUGAAAAAGAUAAUAAUGGACAAACAGUUCUUCAUUAUGCAGCAUAUAUUAAUAGUAAGGAAAUAGCUGAACUUCUUAUUUCACAUGGCGCAAAUAUCAAUGAAAAAGAUAGAGAUGGAAAAACAGCUCUUCAAGUAGCAGCAGAAUUUAAUUGUAAAAGAUCAGCUGAACUUCUUAUUUCACAUGGUGCAAAUAUCAAUGAAAAAGAUGGAGAUGGAAAAACUGCUCUUAAUAUUGCCAUUGAUAAGAAUCAUAAAGAAAUGACUGGAUUUCUUAUUUCACAUGGUGCGAUAAAAUAA